GCUCUGGCCUCCCAGUGUUUCCUUCUUGGUGAAACUGGAGGCAACACUCUAGCUGAACAAACUUUAGGCAGUGCAGCCUCCUAGUCUUAUGGAACAUCUGAGGCAGAAGAAACCUGAGUCCAGCCAAUGUGCCCAAGGUCACCCAGCCAAAAGGCUGAGCAGGACUGUACAUCAGAUCUGUUGACCUCAGUCCUUGAUGCAUGCAGUCCAGCCAGAUUAAGUGACCGUUAAUACUGUCAGCUUUCCCUGCUGUGGGAUCUUCAUCCUCUUGAGUUCUUUUGCAGCCAGACAUCUGGGCCUCUUGCUGGAGAAGGUGGCAGCUUGCUGCUGUUAGACUCUAGUCUACUCCAUUUGGCAUCUGGAUGGCACUGAAAUUUUCUCAAGUGCCUCGUCUGUUGUAGAUAAUGAAUCUAUCCUCCAGUGACUCAGCACAGGUUUCCCAGUGUGGUCCUGGCUGCCCUGCCCCUGCCAGCUGCAGGCCCCACCCUUCCUGUAGCCAGGCUGAUGGGCCUUAUCUCUUUAUCCACCCAGCUGUGCACAGCACUCCUACUGACAACUUUCUUGGCCAAGGUGGGCUUCAGGGCUCAGUGUCCUGGUUACUGCAGUGGCAGCAACAGCAGGUCCUACUGUUGCCUCCCUCUAGUCUCUGCUUCUCUGGAUCCCUGAGGAGGGCAGAAGCCAGUGAUUCAGGUUCUUGGACAAGGUGUUGAGAAACACAAGGAACAGAGGGGACUGUGACCUGGGGACUUUUUCUGCAGGAAGAAAACAGCCCAAAGAUGAGAGUGAUUCGCGUGGGUACCCGCAAGAGCCAGCUUGCUCGCAUACAGACGGACAGUGUGGUGGCAACACUGAAAGCCUUGUACCCCGGCCUGCAGUUUGAAAUCAUUGCUAUGUCCACCACAGGGGACAAGAUUCUUGAUACUGCACUCUCUAAGAUUGGAGAGAAGAGCCUGUUUACCAAGGAGCUUGAACAUGCCCUGGAGAAGAAUGAAGUGGACCUGGUUGUUCACUCCUUGAAGGACCUGCCCACAGUGCUUCCUCCUGGCUUUACCAUCGGAGCCAUCUGCAAGCGGGAAAACCCCCAUGAUGCUGUUGUCUUUCACCCAAAAUUUGUUGGGAAGACCCUAGAAACCUUGCCAGAGAAGAGUGUGGUGGGAACCAGCUCCUUGCGGAGAGCGGCCCAGCUGCAGAGAAAGUUCUCACAUCUGGAGUUCAGGAGUAUUCGGGGAAACCUCAACACCCGGCUUCGGAAGCUGGAUGAGCAGCAGGAGUUCAGUGCCAUCAUCCUGGCAACAGCUGGCCUGCAGCGCAUGGGCUGGCACAACCGGGUGGGGCAGAUCCUGCACCCUGAGGAAUGCAUGUAUGCUGUGGGCCAGGGGGCCUUGGGCGUGGAAGUCCGAGCCAAGGACCAGGACAUCUUGGAUCUGGUGGGUGUCCUGCACGAUCCCGAGACUCUGCUUCGCUGCAUCGCUGAAAGGGCCUUCCUGAGGCACCUGGAAGGAGGCUGCAGUGUGCCAGUAGCCGUGCAUACAGCUUUGAAGGAUGGGCAACUGUACCUGACUGGAGGAGUCUGGAGUCUAGAUGGCUCAGAUAGCAUACAAGACACCAUGCAGGCUACCAUCCAUGUCCCUGCCCAGCAUGAAGAUGGCCCUGAGGAUGACCCACAGCUGGUAGGCAUCACUGCUCGUAACAUUCCACGAGGGCCCCAGUUGGCUGCCCAGAACUUGGGCAUCAGCCUGGCCAACUUGUUGCUGAGCAAAGGAGCCAAAAACAUCCUGGAUGUUGCACGGCAGCUUAACGAUGCCCAUUAACUGGUCUGUGGGGCACAGAUGCCUGGGUUGUUGCUAUCAGUGCCUACAUCCUGGCCCUCAGUGCCCCAUUCUCACUGCUCUCUGGGGAGUGAUUACCCCAGAAGACUGAACUGCAGGCUUCAAGCCUUCCGGGGAUUUGCCUCAGUUUGGGGCCUUGAUGACUGCCUUGCCUCCUCAGUAUGUGGGGGCUUCAUCUCUUUAGAGAAGUCCAAGCCACAGCCUUUGAAUGUAACCAACUCUACUAAUAAACCAGCUCUGAAGGUGU